AUGUGAUUAUGCCGCUAAAUUAGCAGUGUCGUCGUAUGGAGCAAGGAGUAUAAAUACGGGGACCAGGUAGCAGUAUUCAGAUUGGACUCAGCUGUCUCCCGAAUCACAGCAUCAUGAAGUGCCAGCUUCUCCUUCUUGUGGUUUGUGUGUCCGUCGUUUCGGCGGGCAUCCCCAAGCGGCUCUUCAAAAAGUAUGCCAUGCAAAAGGUGAUGGAGAGCUGUUUCGGCGAGCAGGUGCUCUCUGAGCUGAAAGAGGAGGUGGCCGAGGCCUGUGAGCGGUGCCUCGGUCGUCAGGGACCGGUGCUGCCUCUGAUCCGCCAGCGUCUCCAGGCCAUGCUGGUUGGCGCCGAGCUGCGGCCCAGGCCAGCCCGCUUCGCUCCGAGCGUGCAGUUCAUGGCUGUGCCCAUCCAGUUCCAGCAGGCUCACCGUAUGAAGCGCGACUCUCACCACGGCAUGAUCGGGCCCGCCAAGAUCAUGAAGCUGCGCAACAAGAUCUCCGCCAUGGUCGGCAACGUCACCUGCGUCAUGCAGGAGAUGAACAUGCUUACGGCCGACAACGAGGUCGACAUCGACUCCAUCAAGGCCCGCAUCUCUGCGCUGCCGCUGCCGGAGGGACUGGUGGCCGACUUGGAGCAGGGUGUUGACGAGUGUCACCAGUUCUCCUCCUGCCUGCCAGAAACCUUCUUCGACAAGACGCCGAUCGCCGCCGGCUUCGGAAAGCAGAUCGCCUUCUUCAAGUGCAUGAAGAUGAACAAGGUUGAGUCGUGCAUGAAGCAGGACUUCCGCGAGAAUUUCAUGCCCGAAAUGUUGAAGGACAGCAUGGAGAUGGGAGCCGAGGAGAGUUUCCAGACCAUCAUCACCUCGGCCAUUCUGGAGGACAGUGAAUAAUGGGAACGGAUCAUUCGAUGUCCGCCGGGGUCCGCCGAGGACCGCCGUAAAUGUGACCAAGAGGGCAAGACAUAAUUUGUAAUGAGAUCAUGUAAAUGAAGCCUGCGACGCACGUGGUUGUUAGGGCGGCGAGAUAUCGCCUAGCGUCCUUCUCUGUUCGUCUGCAUCGAUCACGCAUGUCUGUACUUUUCACUAUCGUUUAUCCUACUUUCAAACAACGCGACACUCCUAUUACGGUUGGCAUUGUUUUUGGAAAUAUAUUUUACCAAUUCUGUC